UGUGAAAGCAACUGCAAUGGCUGAAAUUCUAAAGAAGUCCAGUACGGCAGUCGGAAUUAUGGUCUUAACGUUGACUGUUUGUAUCGCCAUAAAUUCAGYGGUAGGCAGCAACUUGGAUGGAAUGCAAUCAGAAUCACAUGAUAUUAAUUCUAAUGGUAAUGAAGCAUCUGGUGGUAUGCCUCUGGAAUCGCUCAUCGAUGGCCGAAGGAUAUUUAAAAACCAUCGCUAUUUGCGAUCAAUAUACGGUUACGGCCCGAAAAUGUUUCAAAUAUCCCGUUCUAAGAUCCCAAUAGAACUCGAUUUGUUAGUAGAAAACGAAGACGGAGAUCGAUCAAAGCGUUUUGACGAUUAUGGACACAUGCGCUUUGGAAAAAGAGGGGGCGAGGAACAGUUUGAUGACUAUGGCCAUAUGCGAUUUGGGAGAAGUACUUAGACAUAAACUAAGAAAAAUCACUAAUGUUGCCGAUUGACUAAUCAGAUGUAAAUAAUACAAUGUAGAGAACAUACAUAUAUCCGUAUAAAUUUAAUAA